UUUUUUUACAAUUUUCCCCUUUAUGACUCUUUCCCCAAGACUAAUUUCCGCGCAUUUACAUUUACUUUUUUUUGAAAGUCAAUUACCCCUAACCUCCUCACGAAUUUACUUAAACGACCUGUACUGCGACCAUCGACCGCCCACCAACUAAAAAAUUUUCCUAAUUUUUCCCUCCAUGUUGCAUGCGUGGCUUUUGAUGGAGGAAUAGUCUGCGCAGACUUUCAAAACAAAAAAUUUUCUUUUUCGAGAAUUUAAUUUUUUUAAUUUUUUGAAUUUUUAUAGAUUUUCUAGAAAACUAGUUUUGUUGUAAAAAUAAAAAAAUAAAUGAAAAUAUUUCCCCUUUUAUACUCUAAAAAAAGAGUAAAAAAAUAUUCUUUAUUUAUUAUUUCUUCAUUUCUGCCACCAUUAUUCUUUCAUUUUGCUCACUUUUUCCUAUUAAUCUCAAUUCUUCCUAGUCAACUCCUUUUUGGCAACAAUAAUAAGGACAAUGCUUUAUACACGUGUGCUGCUUAUAAUCAGGAAUUGAAGGAAUACAAGUUCAGCAACAAUCAAUUCAAUUUUAAUGUCAAAAAAAGACAUGCAACAGAAAAAUUGCGCAAUAUGCCUCCAGAACAACAAUGGGUCAAUCAAUCUUCACCAAUUGCAUUACUUGGACAUAUUCACAAACUUCAUUGUUUUUUCUCUGGAUUUCCAAACCCAACACCAAUAUGGUAUCACAAUGGAAUAGAAAUUACUUCAGACAAUUCUAGAGGCUUUUCUUUUGAAAAUUUUGGAAAAACUUUAGUUUUCAACGUUACUGCUCAACAUAUUGGAAGAUAUGAUUGUAAAUUUGAAAGGCAUGCCUCGAUUGACAGAACUUUUGAUAUUAAAUUAAAUGCAGCGCCUUACUGGUUUGAUCUUCCACCUGCAAGUGUGAACACUAGUGAAGGGGAAACAGUUGUCUUUGAUUGCAAAACGCUUGGUAACCCAACUCCGGUUGUUACCUUUUACAAGAAUGGCGUAGAGUUGCGGAGACCUCGUCCCGGUGAGAAUUGGGUGAUUGAAGGCUCUAAAUUGACAAUUUAUGAUGUGAAAAAGGGUGCUAAUGGUCUGCCAGGAGAUAAUGCUGUUUAUCAAUGUAAAUCAGAAAAUAAACACGGAUAUUUGUGGACAAAUUUUUAUUUGAAUUUAUUGGCUUUCCAACCUCAAUUAUUGGAAGAACCUGGUCAAGUAGAAGCAAUUGAAGGAAAACCUUUUUCACUUCAAUGCAAAUUUUUUUCAUCUCCUCAGGCAACAGUGACAUGGGAAAGUCCUGUACUUGGUGGGGUUCCCUAUAGUACAAAAGUUGAUCAAUUUUGUACUGGAUGGUUGUUGUUCGAAGAAGUGAGAAGAGGAUAUGAUGGAGAAUAUAAAUGCACAGGUGUCAAUAAAUAUGGUUCUGCAUCUGCUACUCAAAAAUUAGUUGUAAGAAUUCCAACAUUGCUUGAUCCAUUUACUAAACAACGAAUGGAGCAUCGUGCAGGAAUUCCAAUGAAAUUACCUUGUGAGGCCAAACAUGAUCCCGAUUUGGAUGUUCAAUAUAUUUGGACAAUUAAUGGAAGAGAUUUAGCUCAAGCAAAUAAAGAAAUUGGAGGCGGACAUUACCACGUGACAGAAGAUAAUACACUUGUUAUUGAACAGCCAACACAGGAAGAUAGUGGAAUGUAUACUUGCUUGGUUAAAACUAAAUUGGAUGAAAUUUCAAAAAGUAUAACUGUUAAUAUCGAAGAUGUACCUCAACCUGUCCAUUCAGCGCGUAUUUCGAGCUGUAAUAUUGACGAGCCUAUUGUAACAAUUGAUUUUGAGCACUAUGAACCUGCUGAUCGAAGUAAACCUGUUGAGGAAUUUUGGAUUAGAUAUAGUGUUGAUCAAGAGGUUGAUCAAGGAAAAUGGCAAACUUACCCAGUUCCAUUGAAGGCUUUACCACAUGAAACAGUUGGGGAAUCGUUAAGGCUUGUUCGUGGUCAAGUGAAAAUUUUGUUGAAGCCGUUUGGAACGUACACCUUCCAAGUAAUAGCAAGGAAUGCGAUUGGUGAUAGUGCUCCUUACAUUAUUGAUGGAAUGUGUCAGACAUCCCAGAAACCUCCAACUCGAAAUCCUUCUGGUGUUUGGUUACAAGGAACACAGCCAGAUAAUUUAAUUGUGUAUUGGGAACCAAUGGCAAGAGAUGAAUGGAAUGCUGAAAAUUUUGCUUAUCGCAUCUUAUAUCGCCGAAAGGAAGAAGGGGGUGAUUGGAAAAGUAUAACUGUUGAGGAUCCAUUUGCUGAUAAAUACACAAUUGAUUUGGGUGAUGGAGGUGCUAGAGCAUGGGAUCAAUAUGAGGUUCAAGUCCGUGCAAUAAAUGGAAAAGGUGCUUCGACUGUAAUGCCUGAAGUUGUUGAGGGAAGAACUGGCGAAGGAGAGCCUGGAGUUACACCAACAAAUUUCCGCUUAAUUCAAGUCACUUCAACUUCUGCAGAAUUUGAAUGGGAUUCAGUGGAUCCUUCCAAAGUUCAAGGAAAUUUUAGUGGGUAUAAGAUAACUUAUUGGUAUGAUGAAAAUAGUCUUUUGGAUAAUGAAUCAAAUAACAAAAUAAGAAAAGCCCGUCAUAGAAGGGCCGGUGAUUUAUCGAGUGGAAGUGGAAACUUUGAAAGAAAUUCUGUAGUAUUUGCACCGGGCGUGACUCGUGGUACUAUAACUGGAUUGAAACCAAAUUCUAUAAAUUAUGCGGUUAUUUCUGUAUUAAAUGGACAAAAUGAGGGUGCGCCAUCACAAGAAUUGUCGUUUAGAACAAAAGAGGGAGUACCUACACCUGUACGCGAUUUACGUGCAUAUCCAAUGAAUAACCGUCAUGCAUCUGAACAUGCUGUUGUAGUGCUUAAAUGGCAUCCUCCGAGAGAACGUAAUGGUCGAUUGAUUAAAUAUACGGUUGUUCAUUGUAGAGCUAGUGAUGGAGAUGAUCCUGAAAGUGAAGAGUUUACAAAUUGUGGUGAACCAGUAGAUGUAAAUAGACGAUUAACUGAACUUCGAAUAAUUAAUCUUCGUUAUAAUACAAAAUAUCGUUUUGAAUUUACUGCGCAUACUGGAGGUGGAAUGGGACUUUUAAAUUCUGUUGAUGCUCAUACAUUGCCUGAAGCGUUACAUUUAAAUAUUGAACCAAGCAAACCAUCACUUUACAAAGAAGGAAUUGGAGAUGAUCAUUUUAACAUAUCUUUCGUGCCUGGACAUUAUGAUUCUCGUGUAGGAGCGCCUGUUGGAAAUUCUUUUUAUGUAAAAUAUCGAGAAACGGAUUCGGGUGAUGAAUGGCUUACAAAAGAACCUCCUCCAGAUGGGUUAACAUUACAAGUUACUGUGGACAGAUUAACACCUGGAACUAAAUAUGAUGUAAUGACUGUUUCGUUACAAAGGGAUGAAGCUGGAAAUAUUGUUGGACAAACUGAAUCUAGAAUACAUCAUAUUACAACUACUGGAGUUUCACCUCGUAGAGCAACAUUAUAUUGGUUAUUAAUUAUUUUAUUGAUAUUGUUGCUUCUAUUGCUAUUUAUUUGUAUUGCUUGUUGUCUUUUACAUCAACGUGGACGUAAAUAUUUUGUUGAAGAAAAAGAACGACUUCAUGGGCGUGAACCAAUGCUUCCAAAAGAUAAACAAUUUGAAGAAUUUGGAAAAACGCCAGAAGAUAUUGAAAAACGUUCUCUUUCGGGACACAUGUGGGGUGGUGAAUCAGAAUCUGAUUCUUUGGUAGCUGAUGUAGAUGAUAAUCAAGGAUAUAAUGAAGAUGGCUCGUUUGUUAAUCAAUAUGGUGCAAAUAACAGGACAGGCCUUGUUCAUUCUGGAUCCGGUCCUGAAGGGUCUCAACAGCAUCCGACUGGAACCGAAUCAACAUCUCGGCGUUAA